AUGAAGCUACUACAAUAUUUUGAAACUGGCCCAACCAGAAUACCCAUCAGUACAUCGUACUACCUUGGUUGGAUUGCUGCAUUGCUUUAUACUCAGAACGUCUUGGCUUCUAUCAAGCUAACUACUAUGUCAACAAACAUGAAAAGAGUUUUUGCAACACCUCUGCUGGCAGCUGAUCUGAUUUUACCUGUUGUAUUUAUGGAUUUAAGCGGCUCAUGGAAUUUACUUGGUGCUACUAUCCCAUUUAUGGCCUUUCUCCGCUUUCUCGAUCUCUUCUGGGUGGCACCCAUUGUGCAAGGUAAGGAAGCUUAUGCCUCCAUGAAAUUCUUGCAAGAGGAAUUUUGGGUUUGUCUGCGCAAGUUUCCCAAAAAUAAAGAAGAACAGAAGAAGUUUGUCAAGGAUAGAAAAUUCUACCAUAUCAUUCCUCAUUUUAUCGUACAUGCCAUCAUUUCCGAUAUUAUCGGUGCCUGGUUCAUGACCUUCACCAGAGAAGAUGUAAUGAGAAUGUAUCACACUCAGCCCUUGUUCUUCUUUGGCUUCUUCUGUAUGGCCUUAGUUGCCAUGUCCAGUGGUUUCGUCGCUAACGGAUAUAUGAUGCAAUUCAUCUAUGUUCUCAUGUACGAAAAGGGCUCAUACUGCAAAGCUCAGUGGCGUAGAUUGAUGGAGUUUCCCAUUUGUGCCACAUCAUUAGGAGACAUCUGGUCGUUCCGUUGGCAUCAAUCACUUAAGCCAACAUGGCUCAAUCUUCCUUUUACUGAAGUGCGCGUCCUAACCGAACGCGCAUUGACAAAGCGUCAUAUCAAAAGCGCAAAGAGACUUGGAAUCAUGGCAGCAGCUCUCUCAGUAUUUAUGAUUUCUGGCGCAUUGCACGAAUAUUUGGUUUACGUCAAUGUUGGAUUAACAAGUUACAAGUCUACUUUCAUGGGGCAAGAAAUGUGUUUCUUUACCAUUCAUGGCAUCGCGGUGAUGCUUGAGAAAUUUGUUGCCAAAGCUUUCAGGGGGCAGCAUUGGGUUCAUAGUCCAAUGGUGAUCUGGCUCCGUCGUGCCUGGGCAUUGGGCUUUGCUUGCUAUACAUUUCCCUUGUUUUUGAAGGGAUUCAUGGAGUUUGACUCAUGGCACGCAGGUGCAUUUACACCUUAUCAGCCCAAGAUUUUGGAAAUCAUGCACCAGACACCUGGAAUGCGUGGACUCUGUGGAAGUUUAUUUUAG